AACACUUGGCUCAAUAACCGGCUUCAACUCCAUAAAAUUCAUAAGCCUUCCGAAUACUCUUAUACGCGGCUAUCUCGUGCUGCCAAUCUCACCACUCGCUAUACUCCCGAUACAGUUUUUUCCAUUGUUCUUCGUUUAACUUUCGCGCACAAGCCAGUUUUACCACGGCCACUUUUUUCCCGCAAUCGCGACAACAGAUUUGAGCUCACAAGUUCGCUCCGCGGAAAAACAAUCGGACUUCGCGGGCAAUCUCCUCCGCCGAGUAUUGCUCCCGUAUCGCAAGCACCAGCACAAGCUUGUUUCUCAUUCAGAGAAACCCAACUCUGGCAUUUC